AUGUACGAUAGUACAUGCGGCGCCGCCGCCAGCGGACAGUGCGGCAAAGCACAGCCUGAUGGCGACGGACCGCCGCCUCGGGAGCCGCCGCCGGCACCUCUAGAGAGGGACUACAGUGGCUUCGACAUAGUCAAGGCCACACAGUAUGGUGCGUUCGGACGCGUCAAAGAACUCGUCGAGGCAGGAUGGGACGUCAACCAGCCAGACCACGAGACUGUCACACUGCUGCACUGGGCCGCAAUCAACAACAGGCGUGAGAUCAUCCAGUACUUACUGUCGAAGGGUGCAGCGGUAGACGCCGUGGGUGGAGAGCUGCAAUCAACUCCACUGCAUUGGGCUACGCGGCAGGGCCACUUGGAGGCGACGGUGUUGCUGGUGCGCGCGGGCGCGGACCCCACGCUGCGGGACGCAGAGGGCUGCGCCUGCCUGCACCUGGCGGCGCAGUUCGGGCACACGGCGGUGGUGGCGUACCUGGUGGCGCGCGGCGUGACGCCGGACGCGCCUGACGCGGCGGGGAUGACGCCGCUGAUGUGGGCGUGCUGGAAAGUGUCGGCCGUGGACCCGGCGCGCCUUCUACUCACGUUGGGCGCCUCGCCUCGCCCGGCUGAUCGCUCGCACGGGAAUACGGCCUUACAUUGGGCUAUCCUUGCUAGAAACACGACUGCCGUAUCCACCCUCAUCCUAUAUGGAGACGCCAGUCUGGACGUGCCCAACCUGCGAGGAGUGACUCCUUUGGCGAUGCUGCAGGCCAAUGCCGACUCCCUAUGGGUGGGUUCCAAAGUGUCCGACAAAAUUAAAGAACACUCGCUAGCUGCAAACAAACAUAAUCUACUUAGAAGAUUAACAUACGAUAAGAAGUUCCGGUGGUGGUGCGUGGUGGUGAUGCCCUUCGUAGCCUUCUACCUCACCGGGCUGGUGCUGGAGAUGGACGCGCUCUACCUGGUGAAAGCCUUCAUGCUCGUCAGCUUCUACGUCGCGCUGCACUUCCUCAGCAACUUGCUCUUCGAUGACGACCUCAAGAACAUAUUUCCGCUCAGCGUGUAUCUUGCGACCAAGGUGUGGUUCUACAUCACGUGGGCCGUGUUCAUCGCGGGCGUCGUCGGCGCCGGCGCCACGCUGCUGUUCGCGCUCAGCUCGUGCGCGCUCUGGUACUCGUUCCUGCGCUCCUGGCGCUCCGACCCCGGCGUCAUCCGCGCCUCGCGCGCCGACAAGCUGCGCACCAUCAUCGAGCUGUCCGAGUCGGCGCGCGGCGGCUUCGAGCCGGCGCGCUUCUGCUCCGCCUGCCUCGUGCGUCGCCCACUGCGCUCCAAGCACUGCUCCGUCUGCAACCGCUGCGUCGCCAAGUUCGACCACCACUGUCCCUGGGUGGGCAACUGCAUCGGCGCCAACAACCACCGCUACUUCAUCGGGUUCCUGGUCAGCCUGCUCGUCAUGUGCGCCUGGAUGAUCUGGGGCGCGGCGCAGUACUUCAGCGCCGAGUGCCCCGCGGCCGACCCGACGGCGCCGGGCGUCGUGAUGCAGUGGGCGCGCUGCAACCCGUGGCUGGCCUGGGUGUUGCUGAAUGCGUGCUUCCACCUGUUCUGGGUGACGGUGCUGACGGGCUGCCAGCUGUACCUGGUGGUGUGCCUGGGCAUGACCACCAACGAGCAGCUGAACCGCGGCCGCUACCGUCACUUCGUGGCGCGCGGCGGGCGCUCGCCCUUCACGCGCGGCCCGCUGCACAACUGCGCCGAGCUGUUCGGCUGCGGCUGCGGGCCGCUGGGCGCGCGGCCGCGGGACUGGGCGGCCGCCGGCCUGGCCGACCUGCGCGAGCCGGACGACGCCGAGGCCGAGCCGCCGGAGGACGAGCGUCUGCUGCGCGACCAGCACUACGUGUAG